GCCAAAUUCGGUAAUGAUGACAUCAUCGAGCGAUUAUUUUCAACUUGCUUAUGGUGAGCUAUCGGAAACUGACAAUGAAGCAGCUGUACCGAACAGGUUUAGCAACAGUAUCAGUGAGGGAGUAUCGAAAACAGCUGCGGUUUCGGAUAAAGAUGGCCCGAUGAAUCCUAAUGCAAACUGUGAUACGGAUGUGGAAAUGGCGCGUUCAUUUGUCCUCAGAGGAUGGGGCAAGGUUGAAAGUAUUCAGGAUGUGGAGACUUUCAUGGCUCUUCUCGAUAGAGUACCACCUACAAAGGUGAAGCAUUCGUUGGAGGAAAAUCUGGCACUGAUAGAUUCCCGAAUUCAAUAUCUUGAUGAACUGAAAGCGGAAAAUAAACCUGCGGAGGCGCAAGACGACAAAAACGAGCCAAACGAAGAUGAUAAUGAGGACGAACUGUUGGCACCGCUGGGACAACCUAUUGAAUAUUUCGAAAAUCACGGGGUUGGCCCAUUUUUGGAAUCACUGUUGCGUUCAUUGGAAAGUAUGCUGGAUAAUUCACUUUAUGUAAAUUUGCAAACAACAUCGGUCUUGGCAGCCCUUGCAUCAUAUUCGCAACCGCUUCUAGCGCAUUAUUUUUUCGAUCAGCGUAUGCUUUUGCAGUCGGGCGUGAAAAAUCUCUUCAAGGUGUUGGAAAUGCUAAAAGUUCGAAUCGAUACAUAUGCCUCUUCGCUUGAUGGUUUCGAAGUUUUGUUAGAAAGAGGCAUCAAAUUUUUGCGCUCGAGGGCUGAACGCUAUGAAAAAGUAAGUCUUGUGAAAGGAACCUUUGGUAACUCAACGAUUUAUUUAUCAAGUUUGGAAAACAGUCGACAGUAUAUGUCACAUUUGCGAUCUUCCGAGUCGUAUGACAGCGAUUGUGCCGAUUCGAAAAACUCGCCAAAAGGUUUAUUCAACAGGUAA